AUUCUCCAGGGGCAAGAAAACCCUCCCGCUGUUCACUUGGCGAGAUCUAAUCCUUGAAAAUCACUGAUCCAUUCGGCCCAGUCCUGUUAAUCCACGUCUCGGAGCGAUGAUUCUCGGCUUGUUCAUAUACUUACCUCUGGCCCUUCUCGGGUGCGUUGCCGCUUCGCCGAAUGGGUGGGAUAGGGUCCAAGCCUGCUACGCUGAAGAGCUCCCACCACUUCGAGCCAACCCCAUGGCGAGAGAGAUACCAUGGGGCACACCGAGCGUCCACUUCUCAUCGCUGAACGGGACGCUAUCAACAUGUUGCGAGUCUCUCGACGGCGUUCGCGAGGCACUCGACGAGAUUGACAAGCAGUUUCUUGAACUACUGAAUCGCCGGAUGGCAUACGUCCAAGAAGCCACCCGUUUCAAGCACACGCGAGAAUCCGUCAAUGUUCCGGCGCGAAACAAACAGAUCGUCGAGCGCGCGAAGCGGGAGGCCGUCAGGUUGGGGAUGCCGGUGAGCGUUGCGAAGGCGGUUUACGAGACGGUUCUGAAGGCAGGGAUCCGCUUUGAGGAGUGUAUUUUUGAUGAAUAUGAGGAGUCAUGUAAGUCCUUAUGAGAGGCUUGUUUAGGAGAAGACACGCGGAUAAGGAGGAAUUGGAGCACUGUGGCAGGGUUUUAGCGUACUUUAUGAUAAAAAGCCGCGGGAGUCUUUACCAUGAUAUCCUAUUCUGAUUAUGCUUCCAUGUGUUUUGCUCUUUACUAGCUUGCUUUCGGGCUCACCGUUCAAAUCGCAUCGUUCUCGUCAAUAGAAAGGAAUAUAUAUGUUUCGUGGCAG